UAGGCAGUAGAAGAAAACUACUAGAAGAAACACCAAAGGAGGAACAUGAAAUAAAUACAGAUAUAGACAGUGAACACAACAUUGACAAACACUCCAAAGCAAUAGUGAUUCCAUCAGUAAAUACUGAGGAAGAAAUCUACAGUUCAGUGGUUGAUUUGCCAGUUGAUGUCAAAAAACCUUUCUCAGAUGUCUCUUCACAAAUUCAGAACUACUUUCCAAGUAAUGAAGGCGGUUGGAUAUAUCAGAUACUUCUGUGCUUGAAUGAUUUUGAGAUUGGGGAAUUCGUAAAGUCUGUAUUUUCUGCAAUGGCAAAUAUUAUCAAAAAGGCUGUGGCAUCGCUGCCUGAAGAUAUGAGACCUGGCGCUGAUCUGUAUGGUUUCCCAUGGGAAAUAGUGAUUUGUGCUGGCGUUGUUGGCGUCUUUACCGUUUUCCUGUUUGUAUACAGAAGUUAUCAAUCAGUUAGAAGCCGACUUUAUGUAGGAAGAGAAAAGCAGCUUGCCAAUAAAAUUGCUGAACUAGUUGAAGAUAAAUGCAAAAUGCUUGAAAAACUCAGCCUUUGCAAGAAAGAGUUUGAAGAUUUGGAAUCAUUUCUGAAUGAUGAUAGCAUUGUGAAAGAUUCAACAGAUGCAUCUUUUCUAGAGGAAACGCAUGAAAAAUUGAACAAGUCAAACUUGGAACUCAAGCAAGAAAUAGAAAAUCUUGAAAAAGAACUGGAAGAAGAAAAACUUAAGCACUCAGAAAAUGAUGAUUUGGUGGCUGAAAUUCAAAAGAAAGUGGAGUCUUUAGAGAAUGAAGCAAAAUCAAUCCAAUCCCAAAUUGCUGAGGCCAAGUCCACCCUAAAAGUAUUUGAGAUUAAUACAGAGAGACUCAAGACAUCUGUUCAAGAUGCAGCAGAGGAAAACUGUCAUCUCCAGGAAAGUGAAAAACAGCUUUUGCAAGAAGCUGAAGGAUGGGGUGAACGAUUUACUGAAUUAAAUGAACAAACUAAAAUGUCUCAAUCAUCUAAAGCAGAUAUGGAAGAAGUAAUGAAAAAUAAAGAGAGUCAAGUUAAGUCAUUGACACAGUACUUACUAAAGAUGAAAGACUGGAGUUCAGCCAUAAGAGAAGAUGAGAGCACUGAAGAUAAUCACUGGGACACUGAAAUAAAAGGUGAAACAGAAAAUGGAGAGCCUUUAGAUGAUCAGCAAAAACGAACCAUAAAGAAAUUGAUACAUGCUGCAAAGUUAAAUGCUUGUUUAAAGACUCUGGAAACAGAAAGAGAACAAGUAUAUUCAAAACUGUCUGAUGAAAAUAAAGCUAAAGGAGAGCUUACAGAACGUAUAGAAAGCCUCCAAACUGAACAAGCUUCCUUGCAGUCUGAAAAUGAACGUUUAGACAGUGAAGUUCAAAAGCUUCAACAAAAACUUAAAGUCAUGACUGAGCUUUAUCAAGAAAAUGAAAUGAAACUGCACAGGAAACUGACAGUAGAAGAGAGAGAACGCUUACAGAAGGAAGAAAAGCUUUCGAAAGUAGAUGAAAAAAUUAAUCAUGCUGCUGAAGAACUAAACAGUUACAGGCAGCGAGCAAAAGAUCUUGAAGAAGAGCUAGAAAGAACCAUUCGUUCUUACCAGCAUCAGAUUACUUCACAUGAGAAAAAAGCUCAUGAUAAUUGGUUGACAGCACGAGCAGCUGAAAGACAUCUCAAUGAUAUAAGAAAAGAAAAUGCACAUAACAGACAAAAAUUAACUGAAACAGAAUUCAAACUUGACCUUUUAGAAAAGGAUCCUUAUGCUCUUGAUGUUCCAGUUAGACCUUUUGGCAGAGAGCAUUCCCCAUAUGGACCCUCACCAAUGGGCCGGCCUUCAUCUGAAACAAGAGCUUUUCUUUCCCCUCCAACUUUAUUGGAGGGUCCUUUAAGGCUUUCACCUAUGCUUCCAGGUGGAGGAGGAGGAAGAGGAUCCAGAGGACCGGGAACUACUGUCAUGUAUGAAGGCAAUAAUGAAAGAGGAGAGCUGAGUUCUGAUAGACUAACCGAUCCGCACAGGCCUCCAUCAGAUACUGGGUCCCUGUCUCCCCCCUGGGACAGAGAACGCAGGAUAGUUCUGCCUCUACCAGGUGAGCCUUACACUGAUCCAAUUGUUCCUCUUCCUCCUCCUCGAAGGCAAGACAGAUUUCUUCCUAAUCCUCCAAAUUCUGGAAGACUUUCUGGACCAGCAGAACUACGAACUUACAACAUGCAGUCUUUUGAUACAACAGGUGGGCAGAGCUUUGUGGCCCUCAGUUGAGAAAAUAGUUCACAAACAGAACCAAGUGGAAAUGAGAUGAAAGAUCAUUCUAAUCUUGGUAACUUACUACCUGAUCAGUCUUUUGCCUCUGAAAGUGAAGCAGGCACCUCGGGCUUUGCCCCCCCGCCUUUCCCUCCCGUCAGAGCUCCGAUGCUGCCCAUGGAUCCUAGAGGACCUUUCAUGAGAAGAGGACCUCCCUUUCCUCCUCCUCCUCCCCCUGGCAUGUAUGGGCCACGUGAAUGUUUCCCAGUACGAGACUUCGGGCUUCCGCAGCCUCCGCUACCAGUAAGAAAUCCAUUUCCAAUGAGAUCUUUUCCUCACUACCCACCUCCACGACCUGGAUUUUUGCCACCGCCACCUCCUGAAAAUAGAACUGAGCCACCUCAAUCAAACCCUUCUGCUGCAGAGCAACCAGAACCCCAGCCACAAACUUGA